UCCUCUGGUUAACAUAAAGCUCAGGUGAGGUCAGGGGGGCCCCUUGUGAAUAACAAAGACACUCCCAUCACUCAUCUGGGAAAUGCCCAGGGACUUAGUGGUUGUCUCUCAGGAAACUGAGACGAACACCAGAUGCCUUCUCUUUCAUACAAUAAUGAAGAAGGAAAGAGGCCAGGACCCACACGCUUAUUUAACAAAUAUCGACUGAGCACGUGCUCUGGUUCAGGUACAAUUGAAGGUGCUGGAGGCCCAGCAGGGUAAACAGACACCGGCCUCGGCCCGGAGCUGACCUCCUGGUGGGGGCCGCCGCCAAGGCAGACGAUAAGUGAAGUGCACGGUGUGUCAGGUGCCAAGAAAUUUGCUGACAGACUGGACUGGGUGGGCGGUGCAAGGCCAAGAGUCACGAGCCCUCACCAAGGCUGUGGGCCCCAGCAUCUCGAUGCAGAAGAUGGGGCGUGGGGAGAGUUGAGGUUCGAGGCAAAGAUCUGGCUACAGGCAUGAGGGGCCUCCGGCGGAGAUGACAGUGUUGGCACCAGCCUGGAGCCCAGUUACCCCCCUGCUGCUACUGUUGCUGCUGAGCCCCGGCCUCUGCGGGACCCCAGACUGCACCUUCCCCCACAGCCCCAUCUCCUCCACCUUCGCCGACACCAUCCACAAGCUGUCUGACUACCUGCUGGAAGAUUACCCCGUCACUGUGGCUGCUAACCUGCACGACGACAAGCUCUGCGGGGCCUUCUGGCGCCUGGUCCUGGCCCAGCGCUGCAUGGAACGGCUCAAGACAGUGGCCGGGUCCCAGAUGCAACAGCUGCUGGAGGAUGUCAAUACCGAGAUAUACUUUGUCACCUCAUGUGCCCUCCAGCCCAUCCCCAGCUGUCUUCGCUACGUCCAGACCAACAUCUCCCACCUCCUGCAGGACACCUCCGAGCAGCUGGUGGCCCUGAAGCCCUGGAUCACCCGCUGGAAUUUCUCCGGCUGCCUGGAGCUGCGGUGUCAGCCGGACUCCUCCACCCUGCUGCCCUCCAGGAGUCCCAAGGCCUUGGAGGCCACAGACCUGCCGGCUGCUCAGGCCCCUCUGCUACUCCUGCUGCUGCUGCCCCUGGCCCUCCUGCUGGUGGCCACUGUCUGGUGCCUGUACUGGCGAAGGAGAAGGUGGAGGACACCCUACCCUGGGGAGCAGAGGACACUGAGGCCCCGAGAGAGGCGUCACCUGCCAGAGGACACAGAGCCGGGACUCGGAGCGAGUCAGCUAGAGACUGGCCCCUUCCUCGGCAGCGCUGCUCCUGCCACUAUCUCCCCAGGAUGGAGGGAACAGCAGCCGCCAGCGCCGGCCCCCGCCCCACCCGCUGCCCUCUGUACAUAGCCCUUGUCCCCAGGAAACUGUAUAUAAAUCAUCUUUUUCUACCA